GCCGCUGCAUUUUCCUCGAUUCCUCCUCCUUCUCCUCUCCCCGCACGGCUACCCAAGCUUUAGUCAAAUUCAAAUCUCCCCCUCAAUCGGUUUCUUCAAUUUUCAUUUUCAUUUUCUUUCAAUUCCCUGAAUUGUAACCCUAAUUACAACUAUAAUCCCUUUUAUAUCUUUUCCUCUAACUGUUUCCUUUGCUGUUCUUCAUUCUCCAUAUUUUUGUCCCAACAAUUUUCCAUUCCGUCUUUCCGAUCGAACAUUCAUUCGAUUCUUUCUGUUUUCUUGACGGAUUUCUUCUGUUCUGGGUUCUAGGUGAUAUAUGAAUGCUUUUUGUGCGUAGAGAUGGAUGUCUUUUGUAUCAAGUUGGUCGAUCAGAGGGAGAUUGUUGAGAAAGAGGGUUAGAGGAUCUAGCCUGUACUGCCAACCUGCUAAAGUUCUAUUGACCGGGGUAGGAUGUCCACCAUCCAUUUGAAACGAAGCAAAACUGAGAAGUCUUUCUCAAAUGAAGAACAGCAAGCCAAGAUUGAUGCUGUUAGAAAAUUGAUUGGGCCUGUAGCAGAUAAGCUUCCAGUUCUUUGUUCUGAUGCAUCAAUAUCAAGGUACCUCAGAGCAAGGAACUGGAAUAUAAAGAAGGCAAGCAAGAUGCUGAAAGAAACCUUGAAGUGGCGGCUGCAAUACAAACCAGAGAAGAUACGAUGGGAAGAUGUUGCACAUGAAGCUGAGACUGGAAAAAUAUAUAGGGCUAAUUACCAUGACAAGGUUGGAAGGACAGUUCUUGUUAUGCGACCUGGAUUCCAGAAUACAAACUCAUCUGAAGGGCAGAUAAGAUACUUAGUUUAUUGCAUGGAAAAUGCAAUAAUGAAUAUGAAGGAAGGCCAGGAGCAGAUGGUUUGGCUAAUUGAUUUCCAAGGGUGGAACAUGUCAUCCAUAUCAGUGAAGGUGACUAGGGAAACAGCUCAUGUGUUACAAAAUCACUACCCUGAAAGACUUGGCUUGGGAAUUCUCUAUAAUCCCCCAAAAGUAUUUGAGUCUUUCUGGACGAUGGUGAGACCAUUCAUUGAGCCCAAGACAUAUAAGAAAGUAAGGUUUGUCUACUCAGAUGACCCUCCGAGCCAGAAGACAAUUGAAGAACUUUUUGAUUUGGAUACACUGGAAACUGCAUUUGGUGGGAAAAACGCUAGUGGAUUUAACUAUGAUGCAUAUGCGCAACAGAUGAGGGAGGAUGAUGCUCGAAAGUCAGAACUACUCAACACUGGAUGUACUACAUCAAGUUAUCCUUCAUCAAUUACAUCUGAAUCACAUCUUUCAGACGGUGAUUCCGAAGCCUCUGAUCAAAGUGAAUUAUCAUCUGGCGACGAAGCAGCUUCUUCUAAUUUUCAGGGCAUUAAUGAGAAGAUACAGCAAACUUUGUCACUUGGUUGAUGAUAUUGCAAAGGGUGGAGCUAAAGAGGCAAACAAGUCCACAGCUUACAUGAGAAGAUGCAAACAAUCGUGGUUUUAAUCAUCCUUUCUAGUUUUUAGCAUGCAAGAUUUAUAAGCUUAUGCAGAUUUUUAGCAUGCAAGAUUUAUAAGUUCAUAUAGAUUGUUAGCUGCAUUGGUGCAGCCAACUAAUUGAAUGCGACUUACAUGUCAAUGGGCUGUUGUCAUUUGUAAUGAUUCUUCCCUAAUUUCCAAUAAUAAUUUGUGAAACGUGAGAUUACUCUGUUCUUCCAUCCAUGAAUUCUAGAAGAGGAAAUCAAUGGUGGGUGGACUAACCUUUGGAAGAAAACACGUUGCAUGCUUUUAUUGGAUUAUUAUUGGAAUUGAAAGCUGUGCAUGCUGGUCUGAAUUUUGAUUUCAUCAAUGAGAUGGUGAGUUUAGAAUUAAGUACAAUUUAAAGG